AUGGGAAGUCAACCGACUCUUCAGAACAAAUGGGCGGUCGUCGGAGGGGCCCUCGGCCUCAUGACCUAUGACCACAUGCUCUCGAUUGGUCGCGAGGUUGAGUACGUCUGGAGGAAGAAGAUGACAACUGCAGGCGGGAUAUAUAUCGCCAUCCGUUACGCUUCAAUGACCUCCAACUUGCUCAUGUGUGCAGGGAUCACAGUGGCGUUUGAUUUAAUGGGUGCCAUCAUCAUCAUGGGUGCCGCGUCGUUCUCAUCGCUGCGAGCGUACGCGUUGUGCCAACGCAAAUACAUCGCUAUCAUAGUUUUGGUGCUAGGGUGUAUGAACGCCGUCCCCUCGAUUUACGCAGCGAUUAGGAACAGGGCCGGAUACAACCCAGGACCCAAUAACCUCCGCACCGUCUGCGACCUCCAGCUAAUCACCUCCUUUUACAGUGCGAUCAUCUUCGGGCGUUCCUGCGGGGUCAUCGGCGACUUUAUUGUUCUGGUUUUGACGUGGAGACAUGCAGGACCGCGCAAGGGCGGACCGAAGAGGUUUUCUAUUACAACGGCUCUUUUCCAAAACGGUCUUGCAUACUUCGGUGCACUUUGCUUUGUCAACCUCUUGAAUCUUGUUUUGGUCAACCACGUCGAGCUGUUGCUCAACCUCCUGGGUAUCAUCAGCACCACGACGGUGGUCUUCACCUGCCGCUUCAUCCUCGACCUGUUCGAAGCGAGCGACGGCACGCGCAUGGACACGGUCCCGACCUUGCCCAGUAUGGCGCCGUCGCGCGCGGUCGGGCUCCGAAACGUCGGGGCUGUCAGCACGACUGGACGUUCGCAAGGGGUGUUCGACGCGGACCUCACGUUGCGCGGCGCGGACGACUGCGAGAGCGUCUGCGACAACAAGCCCGACUUCGACGCCUACGAGCUCCAGAUGAACCCGGGUCGGAAGUAG